AUGUCCUCCCCGGCAUCCUCCAACGGGGCCAUCAUGCCCCGCAUAAUCAUCCAUGGCGGCGCCGGCAAUAUAACCCGCUCAAACCUCCCACCAGCAUCAUGGCACGCCUACCGCAACUCUCUCCUAGACGUGCUCCAGUCCGCAUCGCAUAUCUUGUCUCGGCCCGGUGCAACAGCCCUAGACGUCGCCACUCACGCUGUCGCCCUCCUAGAAGACAACCCGCUCUUCAACGCUGGCAAAGGCGCCGUCUUCACCCGCGCGGGCACUAACGAGCUGGAAGCCAGCGUCAUGGUGAGCAACGGGUAUAGGAAGAGAGGCGUGGGCUGCAUGAUGCUGAGAAGGGUGAAGAAUCCGAUCAAACUGGCACGGGAGAUGCUGGUGCGGGGUGAGGAAGAGGGGGGCGGCGGCGGGCAAGGGCAUUGCCAGCUUAGCGGGGAGUGUUUAGAGGAGCUGGCGAGGGAGUGGGGAGUGGAAAUGGUGGAGCCGGGGUAUUUUUGGACGAGGAAGAGGUGGGAGCAGCAUUUGAAAGGCUUGAGAGAGCGGGGUGCAGAAGCCUCUAGUAUUCACGGACCAGCAGUCGAUCAAAUUCCUCCGGUACCUGUUGAUAUCCUUAGCGAUGAUCCGUCAUGGGAUGGAAAAGAGUAUCUGCCACAAGGCACGGUGGGCGCGGUAGUGCUUGACAGCUUCGGCACGGUCUGCGUCGCUACAUCUACCGGCGGAAUGACGAACAAGCUUCCCGGCCGCAUCGGAGACACGCCUACGCUGGGCACCGGAUUCUGGGCAGAAGAGUGGUUCGAAGAGCUAGCACCGGCAUCACCAGCAAUUGAGAUGAGGUAUGCUGCAACGGCACGUCAGACGUCUGGCUCUGCCGCGAGGGUUUUUCCUCUGAGCGACCUCCAAGCUGCGCUAUCGGAGUGUUUGUCUCUAGGCAGGACAACUACACCUUACACUCCACUACCAGCAAAGCCGACAAUCCACACCGAGAAAAAGAAACCCGCGAAACCCCAUCGCAUCCACCAUGCAGUCGCCAUGUCCGGCACCGGCAACGGUGACUCAUUCCUCAAGACCGCGGCCUGCCGCACCGCAGCCGCGAUGUCCCGCUUCUCGUCACCUAACCUCUCGCUCGCCUCUUCCGUCAAUCGUGUGGCGGGUAGUGGUGGAGAGCUGCAGCUGUCAGCGGGCGACCACUGGGGACUGACCGGUGAGGGUGAAGGCGGCAUCAUUGGUAUUGAGCUCGUCGGCACGGAUGGCAAGCUCGUCUCGGACUUCAACUGCGGCGGGAUGUUUAGGGCGUGGGUUGACGAGAAGGGACGGGAGAGGUGUAUGGUGUUCGAGGAAGAGUAUUAG